AUGGACCAAGCUAUUUUCACAUUGCCCAACAUGACCUUUGCUCUGAGCUCGCCGUGGCUGGCUUGGCAUUUGCUAGCUACGCCUGUGCUGGGCAUAGACAACGGCAUCGGCCUUACCCCACCGCGGGGCUGGAGAUCCUGGAAUGCUUUUGAUUGUAUGGAGACACGGACUAUCCUAACACAAUCCCACAUGAUGGCUCAGAUGGAUGCCGUGCUGGACAAAUCUCGUUUGGUCAAUGGACAGCCGACAAGUUUAGCGGAGUUGGGCUUUAACUGGAUAAGUAUGGAUGAUGGCUGGCAGCGCUGCAACUGCAGUGUGCGACAGGACCUGGAUCCAAGCCUGCCAAAGUGCGAUGGAAACUUGUGCUUUGGAGGUCACUGCUCGUGGCAUGACUCUCAAGGACAACCGGUGGUGCGGAAAGAUCGAUUUCCAGAUAUGAAGAAAUUGGUGAGCUACGGGCAUGCACGACAACUGAAAGUUGGAACGUACCUCAACAAUUGCAUUUGUAAUGAACAUGGUUUGCCGCACUACGCAAAUGAUGUGAAGUGGAUGGUGAACGAAAUGGGCUUCGAUGGCGUGAAGAUUGACAAUUGCGGAAGCUCCACCAAUGUCUCCUACUGGGCUGAGCUCCUGAACGCCACAGGAAAGGCGAUUCGCAUAGAGAAUUGCCACAACUCCUGGCCUGACUUCAAGACCGGCUUUUGCCCGAUGAACUUCUUCAGAACAGGUGGGGACAUCAGCGCGGACAUCAAUUCCAUCAUCACCGAAGCUUAUGCAACUGUCGAUGCAGCAGAUUUGCCAGAACCUCGUUCACGUCCAGGAUGCUGGGCUUAUCCAGAUAUGAGCGAGGUGGGAAACUUUGCUGGACCUCAUCGUGAUGAUCAAGAGCGAACACAUUGGGGGUUGUGGUGUGUUGUCUCGUCACCCCUCAUCCUUGGCUUUGACAUGAACGAUUCCGAGACCAUGGACAGGGUGUGGCCAAUCAUCACCAACUUGGACGCUUUAGCAAUCUCAGAAGCCUGGAUUGGACACCCUGGUACACUGAAUCUUGGUGCGAAAAGAGACCAGUUUUUAGAUAUUACCGGUGAGUAG